CCCCCGCAGAAUGUCACGCAUGCGCGACUCGGAGCUAACCCGAGAAGUUCGUAGCCUUUUGUCAGGCCCGGGCUGGGAGAGCCCUCAGAGGGAAGAAGCUCUUCGAGGCUCCGUUGAUGCCUAAUUGUGCGAACCGGAGACGAGUGAAAGCUUGGGGACAUUGAAGAGGUGGUGAUUGUGGAGAUGGAUUUGGUUGAAGUGCCCCAGAAAAGAGGUAGAGUUGCUCAUGGAUUGUCUUUGCACAGUGGAAAAAAGAAAGUUGAAUUCUUCCCUUUGAAGGGAGAGACAACCUUUGCCUCGAGUUAGGUGGCCACUUGUCAACACUGUCUUGAGGAUUAGUGGGCUCUGAGAAGCUGCAGCAGUUGGUGUGAGCCCCCAUCUACUUAAUGGGUGCAGCACAAUGGAAUGCUCUGGGGACAGUGGGGACAUUAUCGAACUUUAGGCACAAGUUCUUCGAAAUUAUUGUCCCAUCCUGGUUUCCAUCAUGGAUACAAAAAUUCAGCUUUGUAAUUGACAAAAAUAUUUUCCACACCCAUUAUCCCACUUUAUCCACACAAUUAACCAUACGGUCUCACAGAUAACUCAGAAUGUGUUUGACAGGCACAGAAGUGUGGGGCUGCCACAACACUACUAGACCAGUGUAUCUUGAACUUUAUUUAGUCUAUGACCUUCUGUGCCAGAAUUCCCUUCAAGGGUGCUUUUCGGAUUUCGAGAUGUCACCUCAAAAUCAACCAAUCAUAAUUUAAAGGUGAGACUUAGCAGUCUACAUCUUAAGAAAGCUUUAGGAGAUUUUUUUUUUUUAAACCAUUGCGUCUGCUUCGAAGAUUUUAAGUAGAUUAUGAUGGGAACUUACUAUUUUAGUUUGUAGACUGGAGAGUUCUGGUUUCUAGGAUGUAUAGAGCAACUAGAUUUAAGCCCAGAGAAGCCAAGUCCCUGGGCACAACCCACCGUACUGUAAAGUAGCAGUUUGUUUAGAUCUCUGCAGUCUUUGUUACCAGGGAUGGCAUGUGGUGUGAUGAAGGGAAUCUUAGAUUGUAGUCUGAGUAGUGAGAUGGGUCUCGACCCUGUCACUGCUGCCUGCUUGCCCUUAGCUCUGUCUUCCCAGGACUCCCUCCUUUCCCAUGAGAAGAGUGCAGAAGGAGAAGUGGCCGCUCUGAGACUCACAGCCAAGUCCCAGGAAACCAUGACAUUCAAGGAUGUGGCCAUGGACUUUACACCAGAGGAGUGGGGGAAACUGGAUCCUGCCCACAGGGACGUGAUGCUGGAGAACUACAGGAACCUGGUCUCGCUUUGGCUUCCCGUUUCCAAGCCUGAUAACUAUAAUUUGGAUGAUGGAAAAGAACUAUUGAAGCUUGAGAAAAAACCUCCCAAAGGCUGUCACUCAGAUGUGGGAAUUAGACCUGAGAGCAAGGAUUCAACUUCAGUGCAAGAGUUUUCCACAGAAGAAUCAAGCCAGGUUACAAGAGCAGAAAAGCGGACAGGAAAUCCCGUUUCUGACUGCACCUUGGAAACGGCUCAUGAUGGAGAACACUGGCUAGAGCGUCAGCAAGGGAGCCGGGAAAAGGACUUAGGACAAAUGUUCACUCACCUGAACUCACUUCCUGUGGAGAAGCGUCGCAAACAGGAUAUCUGUUGGGAAAAUGACAGUCAGAAGUCUCUCCUGAUGACCGAGGAGAGAGUUCCCAAAGGGCCCUAUGACUUUCAGACACUUGGGAAAAGACUGAAGCAGAAAUCAGGCUUACUGACAAAGCAGAGAGCUCCUAAGGAGAAAAAGCCUCAUAAGUGCGGUGACUGUGGUGAGCUCUUCACAUACCACUCCGUCCUCAUUCGACACCAGCGCGUUCACACUGGGGAGAAACCCUACACCUGCAGUGAGUGUGCCAAGUCCUUUAGCCACAGAGCCAAUCUAACUAAGCACCAGAGAACUCACACCAGAAUUCUCUUCGAGUGCCGUGAAUGUAAGAAAACCUUCCUGGAAAGCUCAUCCCUCGCUGUCCAUCAGCGAGUGCACGUUGGAGAGAGACCGUACGAGUGCAGCGAGUGCGGGAAAGGUUUUAACCGGAGCACACACCUCGCCCAGCAUCAGCUGAUUCACACUGGGGUGAAGCCCUAUGAAUGUAACGAAUGCGAUAAAGCUUUCAUUCAUUCGUCAGCACUCAUCAAACAUCAAAGAACUCAUACUGGAGAGAAGCCCUAUAAGUGUCAGGAGUGUGGGAAAGCCUUUAGUCAUUGCUCCUCCCUUACGAAGCACCAGAGAGUUCACACCGGAGAAAAGCCCUACGAGUGUAGCGAGUGUGGGAAAACCUUCAGUCAGAGCACGCACCUCGUUCAGCACCAGAGAAUUCACACGGGGGAGAAGCCCUAUGAAUGUCAUGAGUGUGGGAAAACCUUUAGCCGGAGCUCAAAUUUUGCCAAGCAUCAAAGAAUUCAUGUUGGAAAGAAGCCCUACAAGUGCGGAGAGUGCGGGAAAGCCUUCAUUCAUUCGUCGGCUCUGAUUCAGCACCAGAGAACUCACACCGCAGAGAGACCUUUUAGAUGUAACGAAUGUGGGAAGAACUUUAAGUGCAGUUCAUCCCUCAUCCGACAUCAAAGACUUCACACUGAAGAGCAACCCGGAAAACUUACUGACUGUUAAGAGAUGUAAGAUGGCUUUAUCACUGCGUUUAAUAUUUGAAUAUUUAAGUGGAAGGUCCAUCAUAGGACCCUUGGGAGCUUUUGUAUAUGUAAGUGAUUUCACUCGUCCAGUAUAUAAGUUUGAACAACAGAUAAUGAAAA